CCUGACACCGCUGUGAUAAAGUCGCAACCCCAGUCGCAACCAACCGCACUGAACUCGCUGGCAAAUAGGCGAGGCCGCUCUCUAGGCUAGCUUGAAGCCAUGGCGGCGGACUCGGCAGCGGUUCUGACCUCCUUUAUAAUUAAUUUGUGUGUGUGCUUGGGAUGCUUCGCGCUCUUCACCUUUAUGCGCUUGCGUCCGUGGGCCAAGCGCUUCUUUGGCCCCAGAAGAUACGCCAAAGAUGUGGACAUAAAACCCAAGCGGCUCAGCACAGUCCUGAUGGGCUGGAUAAAGCCGGUGAUGCUGUACAAGGAGGAGGACAUUAUUGAUGAGGUUGGUCUGGAUGCGGCCAUGUACCUCCGUGUGGUAUGGUUCGGCAUGGAGGUGUUUUUCGUGCUGACGCUGGUGUGCAUCCCGCUCACCCUGCCGCCCAACAUGACCGGCAGCGAGAUCGCCCGGCUGCUGGCCCAGGAGGAAGCAUUGAACGGCAACACAACCGUCACCGCCAACACCACCAUCUUUGCCAGGGACCUAACGGUGUCGUACCCCAUCUCGGCCGGAUCCAGCACGCUCGAGACCCACUCGUACACCAACGCCCGCAUCACCUUCAACGGUACCUCAACCGACCUGUUGCUGAACCAGACGUACAACUACGUGAUCGCCGGUAACGGUACGGCAAACUUCACGGGCACAAAUGUCGACACCGGCGUCGUGACGUACAUGUUCUUGCGCCAGACCGUGCUGAGCGUGAGCUCGCCCUCGCUCCUGGCGACUGGUGCCCGGACCAUACCAAACGGCACGGUUUUCAACCAGACCAACGAGGAGGUCUUGCUGGUGGCGCUCACCUCGCCCAACUCCGACACGUCCGUGACGGUCAACGGCCAGCAGUUCAAGUUCACCAACUUCGACCGCUACUCGCUGUCCAACGUGUCACCGGGCGAUGAGGUGAUGUGGUGCCACAUGGUCGCCGUCUACAUCAGCGCCAUCUUCGUGCUGUGGCGCCUGCGCACCUACAACCUGCAGUCGGUGUACCUGCGGCUGCUUUUCCUGGGCAACGCCAAACGCGGCGGCCCCAGUCACACCGUGCUGGUCACCGACGUGCCCUACGUCAACGAGGCGGUGGGCAAGGCCCUGCGUGCGGAGGAGUACCGCAAGCGCUUCCUCAUGCCGCCUACUACCCCCGCCGUCGCCUCCGCCGCCACCAGCCGCAAGCAGCUCGGCGCCGAUGCGCCGCCGCCGCCGCCGCCGCCGCCGCCGCCACCCAAGGGCGCCCUCAAGAAGACCGCGAGCAUCAACCACUCGCUGCCCCUUGACUACGACAGCAGUUCGGGCGGCAGCAGCGGCAUCAGCAGCCAAGACGUGAAUUUCAAGGAGCUCAAACCCAUCCACCCUGCUGCCGCCACCGCCACACCCGCCAAGGCCCCCAGCAUGAAGCAAGCCGCCAAGACGGGCGCGGGCUCUGUUGCGGGCGGCGGUGGCGAUGGACCGGAGGGCGGCAAGGCCCCCGGCCCUGGCCCCGAGGGCGCGGGGCUGGCGUUUCGGCUAAAGAUGUUAGGCGAGGAUUUGGACGAGUGCAUGAAAUACAGAUUGGAGGAUCCCUCGAUCGAUCCUGCCUUCGCCAGCACCGGCGGCCAGCUGGAGGCGCCGCGCACCGGCCGCACCGCCGAGCAGCUGCUGGCAGAUCUGGAGCGCGAGGAGCCCGAGCCCACGUGGCUGCCUCCGGGGUACGGCGUCGACACGCGUGUGCUCAAACCCGACCGCCGCGCGCUCAAGCGAUUCAGGUAUGACGUGAAGACGAUGAAGGCCCGCAACGAGAUCACCGAGACCGGCAAGAAGGUGCGGGUGGCGGCGAAGGCGGUGGGGACGGUGGCGGAGGCGGCUGUGGAGAACAUUGAAGAAGGACUCAACAAGGAGGCAAAGAGCAAGGACGCGUCAAACGUAGCAGCGACCAAAUCGAUGCGCGACAGCAGCAGCAACAGCCCUCAGCAGCAGCAGCUGCAGGGGACCGGCAGCAGCAGGCGGCGCCGGACUUUUGAGGUGGCGGGUGUGCUGAUCGAGGAGGAUGAUGACGAGCAGGAGGGGGAGGCGAAGAGCGCGGCGGGCGCGGGCAAGGCCGCCUCACAGACGCCGUCAGCGCAGCUGAAGGCCCAGACUUCCGCGAAGCAGCUGCAGCAGCAGCAGCAGCAGCAGCAGCAGUCGGUGAAGGGCGCGGCGGCGGCUGUGGGAGGGGGCGACGGCGGCGGCGGCGGCGGCAAGGCGGCUGUGGCUGUGGCGGUGGCUCCUGGCGGCGGAGGGGCUCCGGACCGUGACGGCGACAACGGCAGUGAUGAUGAGGACGAGGAGGAGGACGUCGUGGGUCAGCCGCAGGGCCCGGUGGGCGCAGUCACCAUGGACCCAAUUUACCAGGCCAGGUCGAAGCUGCAGUCGGGCCUGACGCCGCAGCAGAUGGUGGCGCGGGAGUUCGCGCUGGUGUACCAGCCCUACAACAUCGCCGCAGUCAACAUGAUCCAGGACACGAGUGCGCUUGAGCCGCUGGUAGAGGAGUACAACCAGGUGAUGCAGUCGCUGGAGGACUACCUGGACAUGGCCAAGCUGCGACUCAAGCUGCGCAAGGCACUGCCGGUGGCCGAGGUGCGCAUCUGGCCCAAGCUGCAGGGCGAGGGCGUGUGGCCGCGGGUGCGGCUGGAGAUGACCCGCGUGCUGCGGGCGCAGUUCGCGUUCGAGGCGGAGGAGCUGGUGCGCAGGUGGCACGCGCUGGAUGAGGACGUGACGGCUGAGGAGGACCCGCGGGACAAGGCCCGACUAACGAUCCGGCUGGACCAGCUCGGCAAGGACCGUGAGGCGCUGCCGGCUCGUGAGGCGGCGGCGGUGGCGGCGGUGGCGGCCAUCGCCGACAAGAAGAUGACUGUCAAGGUGGACGCGGUGACGUACUGGCUUGCCAAGCUCAAGUACCUGCGGGAGCGCAUCCGCACGGAGCAGGCGGUGGCGGGUCGCAAGCUGGCGCCCAGCGCCUUCGUCACCUUCAACACGCGCAUGGCCCAGGGCGUGGCCUCCAACUCGCUGCACGCACACGACGAGACCGUGUGGCGUAUCAGCGGCGCACCCGCGCCCAACGAGGUGGUGUGGCGCAACCUGCCCAUGACGCACCCCGUGCGCAGCGGCCGCCUCUACAUCCUGUGGAUCCUGUUUUGGCUCAUGGCGCUGUUCUUCAUGAUCCCCAUCUCCGCCAUCCAGGCGCUGAUCGAGGUGCCCAAGCUGGCGUCCGUGCCGGUGCUCGGAGACAUUGUCACGGCGCCGGUCAUCAGCCAACUGCUGCAGGCCAUCAUACCCGGCCUGGUCCUGAAGAUCUUCAUGGCCAUUGUGCCGCACAUCCUGUGGGCCAUGGCGCUCAUGUCGGGCGCCACGUCCAUGUCGGAGAUCGACUUUGGCGUCGUCAGCCGGUUCUUCCUGUUCCAGGUCAUUGUGGUGUUCUUCGGAUGCAUCAUCGCCGGCUCCUUCUUCAACCAGCUGAAGCAGUGGGUAGAGGACCCCGCCUCGGUCAUCUCCACUCUGGGCAAAUCCAUUCCCAUGACCGCAACCUUCUUCAUCACCUACCUCUUCAUCAACGGCCUGGGCGCCAAAUCCAUCGCCUUCGUGCGGCUUCCCGGCUUCAUCAUUUUCUGGAUCCUGUCCAAAUUCGCUGGAUCUCCUCGCGCCCGCGAGCGCAUGUGGAUGAACCAGAGCGCGCGGUACGGCAUCCUGGUGCCGGACCACACCAUGGCCAUGCUGCUGGGUCUGGUGUUUUGCUGCAUGAACCCGAUCGUGUGCCCCGCCGCCCUCGCGUACUUCAUUGUGGCGAGUGUGGGCGAGCGGUACAACUUCAUCUACGUGUACCGCCAGCCCUACGAGAGCGCCGGCCGCAUGUGGAAGACGGUUUACAACCAGAUUAUGGUGGGGCUGUACAUCAUGCUGCUGACCAUGUUUGGCCUGCUCGCGAUCAAGAAGUUCAAGUGGGUGUUCUUCCUGCUGCCCAUCAUCGCCGCCGCCGUCAUCAGCCACAUGGCUACACUCAGCUUAUACAGCCGGCCUUGGUCGGUGACUGCGCUGCACGACGCGGCUGAGAUGGACAUGCUGGAGGCGGACCAGCGCCGCGAGCAGCUGCUGGCGGCGGCCCGAGAGGAGCGCAAGAAGGCCAAGGAGGCGCAGCGGCGGCGCUACGAGGAGGCCUGCAUCGAGGCGGAGAAGGCCGACGCAGAGGAGCUGCCCAAGCGGGAGGAGUUCUUCGUGCCGCUCACCCCCGGCCCGGCGGAGCUGCUGCUCAAGGAGUCCCUGCGCGGCGACGGCUUUGCGCUCAACAGCGCGGAGAAGAAGGAGAUCGCCGACAUGUACCGCAACCCCGGCUUCACGAUGGCACUGGAGCAGAUUGAGGAGGUGGAGAAGCUGGCCCGGGUGGUUCAGCUGCUGCUGCCGCCGCUCAACCAGUUUGUGAGCGAGUACAAACUCUACAGGCGCGGCGUGAAGGCUUCCAAGCUCAAGGGAAGUACGGAGGACGGGCCGGAGGCGCCGCACAUGCCCGAGGACCUUACGAUCUUCGACAACGACCCGCGCCUGGUCGGGCUGGACCGCGAGCUGGGCGAGGGCGGCGGCGGCGGAGACGAAGACGAAACGUCCAGUCUGGGGGAGCGCGACAGCGCCGGCGGCCUGCGCGAUGGGGAGCUGGCGCCCGUGCCGGUCGCAAGGUCGCAGUCGCAGGCGGCUCGGCGCAAGUGAGGGCGUAAGGGCGGGCGCGGGGGCACGGGCAGGAGGACUGGAGGUGAUUGGGUGGGCGGCACACGCACACGAACGGCAGGGCGCCGGGAGUGAGUGGGUGCAGCCGUGUGCUCGUACGCCAGGUGUGAGCAGCAGGGUGAGAAGGCGACGACACAACUACCGUAUUCUUUAUACCAUGUUUCGCUAGAGCCGCCGAUCGCGGCAGCAGCUGCUGCUACUGCGGUGACGCUUGGUGCACCGCGGAAGGCGGCCUGAACACUAUGCAUACAUCAAGGACGGCGAAGGUUCAAAUUUCGAUAUUAUCUCCUUUCUCUUAACUUUGCUAAUGGACUUAGCGUUUCUGAAGAAAGCAGGAUGAUACGGUAAUGGGCUGGCGAUUUCACGGACGGCGCACAUGGCGGCAGUGCACGGCAGUGCGCCGUGGCACGACGUGUUGCCUUGCUGCCUGCUGGCAAUUGUGCUAGAUAUAUAGUGUGGCGCUCGUGUGGAACCCAUACUUACUUUCUGACCGGGCGCUUUCCAAAGAUCCCACGAAACGCAACCCUGACACGUCCCUGAGACGCGCUGUUGAAUAAUGAGCAAUGCUCAGUUUGUUGGGUUGGGUUGGUUGGUUGGUUGGUUGGGCUGCGCUUUCCGACUCCAGAGUAUUCAGUUGCUAUGCACUGUGCUGUGAUUUCUGUGUGUGACAGCUGGCAUGCACGCUUAGACCCAGAGAACAGCCUUGGUGUGUGUCUGGCUGCGGCGUUCCCGUACAUAUUGUGCUGCACACGGCAGGCUGGCAAGCAGGCUGGUCCGCUCGUGCUAUUUCCCAUGGCGACGGGGUGGCCGGAUUGCGAAGCGCAGAUGUCCCUGUGUCCUACUAAUCCAAUGAGGCCCUGAUACGGCGAUGUGGCUCGUGGCCUGUGGCAGUUCACCGGGUCCCAUACUCCCAUAUAUGCUCCAUGUACGUACGGUACGGUACAGUGGACGCCUCCGGGCCGCGCCGCCCAUCUGUAUGUGUAAUGCACCCGCCCCAAAAGGCAAAAGUAUGUGCUGCAUGGAAGUGAGCGCGGGGUUGAUUGCGACAAGGUGCGGCGCUGUGCAGUAUAUAAGUGUGAUACGACAAGCUAUGAUGCUCGUUGGUCCUCCCCAGCCGUCCGGCCACGCCGUCCGGCCUGGGUCCGUUGAUGUGACGAGCUAGGUAGGUUGAUCCUGUCUUAGCGCUAGCCGGCGUUGGUGAGAGCCACAUAUGGCCCUAAUACCGUGGAGGCAUGUCGCACCCGUGGAGGGCACUGUAAUAUGUUGUAUCCUGUUGUAGCCGCCCGACUCCCUGGGUGGUCGUCUGUCCUAGGCACAUUGCUUCGGCGUGUGGGGACGCCGCGUUGGCGAGAGCCACAGAUGGCCCUCAUACGCACCAUGGGGGCAUGCACAGGGCACUGUAAUAUGCUGCGGUG